AAUCGGAAUGGGAGGAGUGUUUACAAAAUACAAAUAAGAUAUUUAUCGACCGUUUAUACUCAGUUUCAUUAAAUAAAAAGACAAGAAUCUUGUACAGGAACAUUACCGAAUAAAUUGUUAGCUUUAUUUAAAGACAUUCACGUUAGUUUCAAUUAGUUUAAGUAAAGAUGAGCAUGUCUCGCUGCUACUCGUUGAUGAAAUGUUUGCUGAUUAUAUGCAACAUUUUAUUUCUCAUCGUGGGCGUGGGGGUGUGCGGGUUCGCGGGCUGGGCGCUGUGGGACGGGCGCGCGUCGGAGACCAGCGCUGGGCGCGCCGGCCUGUGCGCGCUCGCAGUGUGGGCCGCUGUGCUCAGCUUCGGAGCGGUGGCGGCGCUGGCGGGUGCCAUGCGCGGCUCCGCUUCUCUACUGGCGGGUGCGUUUGCGCUGCUGGCUCUGAGCGCCGUGGCGGAGGGCGCUGCCGCCUGGUGGGGCGCCGCGCACGCUCCGCAGCUCAAGCAGGCGCUACGCGACCGGCUCCGCUACACGCUGCUUCACGACUACGGCAUGCUGCCGGCGCGCACGCAGGUGCUCGACGCGAUACAGCACGGGCUGCAGUGCUGCGGCGCGGAGAGCGCGCUGGACUGGCAGCAGGCGCGCUGGGCGCGGCCGGCCGGCGCGCUGGACCUCAGCGUGAGCGCGCCGCCGCCCUCCUACCGCGUGCCGCCCUCCUGCUGCAGCGUGAGCACACUCUCCAUACCGUCGCUGCACACGGAGGAUUCGGCGGAGUGCGAGGAGGCGCGCGUGGUGCCGGCGACGUCGCGCGGCGGCGCGGGGCUGUACGACGUGCCGUGCGGGCCGCGCGUGCUGGCGGCCCUGGAGCGCGCGGCGCGCGGCCCGCUGCUGGCGGCCGCCGGCCUGCUGGCCGCGCACGCCGCCGCGCUGCUGCUGGCGCUGGCGCUGUGUCUGCGCGCGCGCCCGCCGCCGCGCUACAAGGCGUAA